UGAGCAUAAAAUCAUGAUUUUCCUUCCUUCACCACGCUCAGUUUCAAUUUGCAGGUUAACAACUUAAAUAUUUUACAAACUAUUCAUUAUGGGCUUCGCAAAUCCAGAGUCUUCCACUGGCUUGAAGAUUGCAAAUUUACACCCAUCAAAAUAUUCGACAAUUGUCAGAGUUAACGUCGAGGAAGGGUUUCUGCGAAAUAUCGCGUACGCUUAUUGGUCCACUAAGCGUGAUAUAAAACAUGCCCUCUUGGAUGGCAAUGCAAAAGGAGUUUUCACCCUUCUUCAACAAGAGACAAAGAUCGGGGCAACCCUGAAAGCGCUGAAGGACCUGUAUGCAGAUGUUGAAGGAGAAGUUGACCAAACGCUCUUAAACCAAGCUGAGAACUUGGAGGCUGAAGAAAAACAUCGAUCUGGAUACAUAGAAUAAAUGUGUCUUGUUAUAACCUCUGUAAUGCAGUAAGUAUUUACAGGCCCGUAGCGACGUUUCGUCCGGCCUGGAGAGUUUGGCCGUGGUACGGCCUAAUUUUCCCCCGAAAAACUUUGAAACCCCGAUUUUAUCCUGUACAUUCUAUUGUGGAACCCGGCGGUACGGCCCCUCGGGGCGUACGGCCUGGAGAGUGUCUCUCCACGUUUCUCCACCGUCGCUACGGGCCUGAGUAUUUACUAUGAAUAAAACGAAUUGAAUAGUAAUCUAUAAUUUCUACAAGUUUUCUCGAUUUCAUGAAAUCAUUGUGCUUUUUAUGGCGGUUGCAUGAAAGAGAAAGUUACAUAAGAAUGUGAGCAAGUUUACUAACAAUAAAAUCCUGACUACUUUUCACCACAAAAAUGCAUUAUUUAAGAUGUUUCAUGUGCAACCUCCUCUUAAAACAAAAGGACAAAUCCCACAAUUCCAUAUCUUCCUCAUUAGUCGUAAAAAUAUUAAAAACUGUAUGGAAAUUUCCAGACUUUACCCUUCUAAAUGACGGUGCGAAUACAAAACCUGUAACCUCGUGUAAAAAGUGUGUUGCAAAGUUGAAGAGAAUUUCUAAAACAUAUUUUCAACUCCAAACCUUGCAAAAAUUGCUGAUUGACUUACAAUCUGAAAUUGAAACCAGUGUUGGCAAAUGUGCCGAUGAUACUGCGAGUAGUGAAAGUAGCUUGGUCAAAGUGUUUAAAAAAGUGGACGAUAAAGUUGACGACAAAGAUUUUUCUAGGCAUGAUGACGAGUAUUUGAGAAAUGGGAAGGAGUUGAGAUCUACAAUUUUAAGGGGACUGUCCGUGUUAAAGGAACAAUCGGAACAUAAAUGUUCAUUUUGUACUUCUUCGUCAACUGUCGAAACACAAACUGUGAGGGACGAAAACAAUGAAGAAUCUGAAACACUGAAAAAUGAGCUGGGUUGUAUUAUUUCUGGGAAAUUGAUAAGUGAAGAAAAUAAUAUAAUAACAGGAAUUAAUUGCGUAGUUGAAGAGAGAAGUCAAUUAAAAUCAAAUCCUGCUAAUCGCAACGAGUCGUCAUUCUCUCAGGAUGAUGAUGAUCAUGCAUACGAAGAUCCUUCGUCUCCCAACUUUAUCCGAGAAAGAUUACCGUGUGAAAGGUGCAAUUCCACAUUUAAGGAUGAAAUUGGAAAGUGGGCGCAUUGGAGAAAGCGACACGAAGGCGAUAAAUAUUGUUAUCACUGUCAAAACUGUGCAAAACGAUUUGCAACCCGAAAACAGUAUAGGAUUCACGUAAUGUGUCACACCCAAGAAACUCCGUUUAUUUGCGAACAUUGCGGAAAAGGUUUCCGAUUGGAGAAACUGCUCCUAUUCCACGUAAAGAAUAAGCACACUUCCGAACCCCGAGAUUUUAAGUGCACUGCCCCCUCUUGCACCUGGGGGUUUACGACGCUAGCAAAGUUAAAAGCUCAUCAGACCACACAUUCCUCGACCAAAGUCCCGUGCACCAUCUGCAACAAAUCGUUCAGCUCGACCACCGCUUUAAACGUGCAUCUCGUUCAACAUUCUGAUUCAAAUCCGUGGAAAUGCUCCAUUUGUGAGAGAGCUUUCUCUUGUCAUUCCGCCCUUAAAAAUCAUGUCGCCCUGCACAACAAGUCCUUCAAGUUCCAGUGUGACCUAUGCCCGUUUGGGGGUCAGAGUAAAAGCGUGCUAGAACGACACAUGGUGUCGCACAGGAGCGAUAAACAGUUCCGGUGUGGCAUUUGUAAAAACGAGUUUAAGUACAAGAAAAGUUUAUCUAAACAUCUCAAAGUCCAUGCUGGACUAAAAUCGCACUGUUGUCCGACCUGUGGUAAAUUGUUCAUCGACAAUUACAAGCUUCAGAGACAUGCCAAAAUUCAUGAAGGAAUCCGCCCUUUCAUUUGUGACUUUGAUGGUGGAGAAUGUGACCGAAGUUUUUACACAAAUGAUGCGCUGCAAGCCCACAAAAAAUCCCACAAUAAUAACACGACCGGCAGUGCAAAAAAUCAUAGCGAGCCCAAAUCAUCUCGGAAAAGUAACAAUAAGCCAUCUUCAGCUUCAGCCAUUAUGAAGUCUCAUGAGCAGGAGGCUCAUGAAGCUCAAAGUCACGAAGCAUCGAUCAUUAUGUUGAUUGGCAAUGAAGAAGUUGUUGAUGCGGAGGAUGACUCAUUAGCACUUCCAUCCCAGAUACCGAUGACCAUGCAGUUCAUGCCGAUGCAAAAUAAUCCCUACCAUUCACAACCACCACUUUCACAUCAUGAAGAAAUGCAACAUGAGAUUCACGUCUCGGGUGGAAAUGACGUCGUAAUGGGAGAAAAUGACAUGAUAACCCAAAACAUGAUAUCUGACUCCCACCCUUUACCAAGUAAUGGCGCAUUACAAUUGGAACCAUCGACCAAUGUUUUUCCUGGUGGUAUAUUUCAAUUCCAUUAUCUUGCUCCGUAAGAAUAAGUGGAAAUAAAUUAUAAGCGUCAAAAAAAUGUUCAAUUUAA